GACGCGAGCGGGUCUGGCUUACUGGAACGGGCACAUCUUGGAGCGCGCGCCUCCGCUGCGUUGCGGUCCCGGGUGAGCCGCCGCGGGUUUAGUGCCAUGAUCCGACAGGACCUCUCCACAUCCUACCAGGAGCUCAGCGAGGAGUUGGACCAGGUUGUUGAGAACUCGGAGCAGGCAGACGAGCGAGACAAGGAGCCAGUCCAAGUCCAAGGUCCAGGGGUCCUGUCAGGCGUCGACAGCGAGUCCGCCUCCAGCAGCAUCCGCUUCAGCAAGGCCUGCCUGAAGAACGUCUUCUCGGUCCUGCUCAUCCUCAUCUACCUGCUGCUCAUGGCUGUGGCCGUCUUCCUGGUCUACCAGACCAUCACAGACUUCCGAGAAAAGCUCAAGCACCCCGUCAUGUCUGUGUCUUACAAGGAGGUGGACCGCUACGACGCUCCAGGGAUCGCCCUAUACCCUGGUCAGGCCCAGCUGCUCAGCUGUAAGCACCACUAUGAGGUCAUCCCACCUCUUGCCAGCCCUGGCCAGCCGGGAGACAGGAACUGCACCACCCAGAGGAUCAAUUACACCCAUCCCUUCUCCAAUCACACCAUGCAGUCAGCCCUGAUUGUCCAGGGGCCACAGGAAGUGAAGAAGCGGGAGCUGGUGUUCCUCCAGUUCCGCCUGAACCAGAGCAGCGAGGACUUCAGUGCCAUUGACUACCUCCUCUUCUCCUCCUUCCAGGAGUUCAUGCAAAGCUCAGACAAGGCAGGCUUCAUGCAGGCUUGUGAGAGUGCCUACUCGAGCUGGAAGUUCUCAGGAGGCUUCCGCACCUGGGUCAAGAUGUCACUGGUGAAGACCAAAGAGGAGGAUGGGCGAGAAGCUGUUGAGUUCCGGCAAGAGACUAGCGUGGUUAAUUAUAUUGACCAGAGACCAGCCGCCGAGAAGAGUACACAGUUGUUCUUUGUGGUCUUCGAAUGGAAAGAUCCCUUCAUCCAGAAGGUCCAGGAUAUAAUCACGGCCAACCCUUGGAACACCAUCGCACUCCUCUGUGGGGCUUUCCUCGCGUUAUUUAAAGCAGCAGAGUUUGCCAAACUAAGUGUGAAGUGGAUGAUCAAAAUCAGGAAGCGAUACCUCAAGAGAAGAGGCCAGGCAGCAAACCACAUCAGCUGAGGUCGCCGUGCCAGCACUCCGGACUGACGGAAGCCUUGGCUUCCCGUUGACAACCCCACCAGCAAUCCUGUACUCACUUGAAGGGACCUUGCAGGGAAGGGCGGUCUUUCCAACUGGACGGUCAAACCUGGCCCAGAAGGAGGCUGUUCUGAGCCCACAGGCAAACAUCCAAUGAAUAACCUGAAACUUAUUUAAGUACUUAAAUUAUUAACAGACAUUUUACCGCGCUGUCUAGUGCCUUGGAGGAGGGGGUUGGUGGAAAGCGGCUUCUUCCUGUCUGCCCAUUAAGUAGUUAAGCUCCAGGUUAAGAGAAGUCUCCCUCUUUACCUUAGAUUUUUUUUUUUUUGUAAAGUGUAGAGAUACAUCCUGUAUACACACUUCCUCCUGACCUUUAUACCACCUACUGUUGUUACUUAAGAACAGUAACAGAGCUUAGGUGAGACUUUUUUUUUCCUUUGUAAAUGUAGCCCUGGUGAACUCACUGUGUAGACCAGGCCUGCCUCUGCCUUCCCACUGCUGGGAAGCAAAGCCUCUAUUCCUGCUCCCAGCCUUACGUGAGACUUGAAAGGCUACUAGAAACUAGUGGUUACAUUUCUGAUGGACCAAGCUGACAAAGGUGUCAGUUCAGUGGCCACUGCUGGCAGCACUGGCACAGAUGUAUACAGUAGUCGCCUACUUAGUGUAUCUCGAUUUCAUUAACAGGUAAAUAAAGUUGGGCUAAUACAAGGAAUGAGUGUGAGUAAACCAACAGGCACCAAUACCGGACUUGCGCGUGCUGUGACCGCCAAACCCCAAUGGCGGCAUGAGUCUGGACUGACCCCUGAGGUACGUCACCACUGCUUCCAGGGAAGGUAAGCUGGACACGGAUGGCAGAUGGCCAGACAGAUGGACACACCGCACUACAAAUGAGCUGCUCAGUAGGCCACUAUGUCCUUCAGAAAUGCUCGCAUAAAAGGGUGACCUUUAAGGCUUUGACAAAUAGCACUUAAAUAAACCCAGACCCCAUCUUUUCCAGAUGGUGUGGGAAUAUGGGUAACAUUCAAAGAAUUCACAAUAGGCCCUGGGGAAUCUGAAGGGAACUGUUCAUGUGUAUAAGGAGGGCAUUUUUGUCUCUAAAUUUAGCAGCAAGAAACUUUGUUUUGGCUGAAUCCCUAGAAAUAAACUUGUA